CUUAUGAGUAAGGAGGGAGCAAACGCCAACAAACUUCAUUUUUUCAGAACCUUUAUGAGCAAGGAGGGAGUAUUUAUUUAUAGGCCUGGAUUAGAGACGCAUUCCUCCAUAUCUUAUCUUCCAUACCGGAAGUGAGUCCUCAUCUAAGAGAAGUAUUAGGAAAUUGCAGAAACUUAUGGAUCCAAUGCUGAUUGGGGUUCUAAUCGUCUUGGCCUCUAUUCUCAUCCUAUCCACAGCCCGUUUGUUCCACAGCAAGAAGAAAAUAUCCCGGAAUCUCCCCCCGGGCAGCUUCGGAUGGCCGGUGGUCGGCGAAUCGCUGGAGUUCCUCCGCUUAAGCCGGGAAGGGAGGCCGGAGAAAUUCGUGGCGGACAGAGUGAGCAAAUACAAGUCUGGGGUGUUCAAGACUUGCUUGAUGGGCGAGGCGGUGGCUGUGCUGAGCGGCCCGGCGGGGAACAAGUUCCUGUUCAGCAACGGGAACAAGCUGGUGGCGACGUGGUGGCCGGCUUCCGUGCAGAAGCUGCUGGGAGUGUGCCUGACGACUAGCGGCGGCGAGGAGGCGAAGCAGAUGAAGAAGCUGAUGUCAUACUUCGUAAGCCCGGCGGCUCUCCAGCAGCUGUACAUCAAAGAUAUGGAUUUUGUCACGCAGCAGCAUCUUCAGGCUCACUGGCACGGUGAUGAGACAGUGAAAGUGUUCCAUGUUGUGAAGUUGUAUACUUUUGAACUAGCUUGUCGCUUCUUUAUGAGUGUUGAAGACCCAAACCAAAUAAACAAGCUUUCGGUCCUAUUCACCAUUUUCCUCAAGGGAGUCAUAUCACUGCCCCUGAAUGUCCCAGGGUCGAGAUUUUAUCGCGCAACAAGAGCCACUACUCUAAUUAGGGAAGAACUUCUUACGAUUGUGAAAAAGAGAAGAGAAACGAUGAGGCAGAAUGGAACUUCAAUUGCCAAUGAUCUUCUCUCACAUUUGCUUCUCACACCGGACGAUGAUGGGAACUUUAUGUCUGAGUUGCAUAUAGUGAACAAUAUAAUCAUGCUUUUGUUUGCUGGCCAUGACACUUCCAGUGUGACUAUCACAUUGCUCGUAAAGAAGCUCGGGGAGUUGCCUCAUGUUUACGAGAAGAUCCUUCAAGAGCAAAGAGAGAUUGCAUCAUCAAAAGAAGUUGGAGAGUUUCUUAAUUGGAAUGACAUACAAAAGAUGAAGUAUUCAUGGAAUGUUGUUUCUGAAGUCAUGAGGCUAUAUCCUCCUGUCUUUGGAGCUUUCAGAGAGGCACUUGAGGACAUCACUUAUGAAGGUUAUGACAUUCCCAAAGGUUGGAAGUUUUACUGGAACGCUCCGAUUACACAUCUCAAUAAGAUUUUUUUCCAAGACCCGACUAACUUUAAUCCAUUGAGAUUUGAAGGAGAUGGACCUCCACCUUACACAUACGUCCCCUUUGGAGGAGGACCACGAAUGUGCCUUGGUAAAGAGUUUGCUCGGUUGGAGAUACUUGUUUUUUUACACAAUCUGAUUAGGAGAUUUAGGUGGAGCUUACUUGUGCCCCAAGAGAAAGUGCAAUAUGAUCCCAUGCCCAUUCCUGUGGAAGGUCUUCCUAUUUGUCUUCAUCAGCAUAAAUUGUGAAAGAUUACACUCUUCUUAAUUGGCACGAGAAAGAGAUGUGAGAUAAUACGUUGUUUUUCUCUUUACUUUUAUAGAACUUUUUUUGAACUUCUUUUGUAGAACUUUAUAAUUUAAUAAACAUUAUUAUCCUUGACUAAAUUUUAUUUUAUUUUUGAUGUGUUAGUUUUAUUUGUACAUAUUGUAUUAAAUGUAAUAAACAUUGAAAAAAUAAUGUCUAAAGUUUUACAUUCUUUGCUCUUUCAAAAAACAA